CAGACCUGGGCGUUGGGCUGCUUUGUCGGUCGCGCGCAACAGGGAGCCGGGACUCGGGGGCAAAAAGCGGCGCGCGGAGGUCCCGCAGAAAGGAAAGUUGUCCUCGGGCUAUCUCCUACGGAAAUCACAUAACGUUAGGAAAAAAACUGAACUUUUCAGUGAGGGAACUGCCGAGAGGAAAGGAGGCCGGGCAUCGUUGGACAACGCGGCUCCUCGGUUUCCCGAGUCAGAAUGUUGAGUCUGACUUGAUGGCAACUAUCUGACCUUUGGCAAAAAAGAAAAAUGAUGUCAAAUAGAAAUGCUUUCGCCUACCAGAGUGUUGGGAAAGAUUCAAAUAAAAUGAUGGAAGAGUACAAGCAAAACCCAAUGGAAUUACAAAAUACUAAUUUAAAAAAGGAUUCAGUGGUGAAAUCUCUUGAAAAUGAUCUUCAGGAUCUAAUGUACAGGCUCAACCAGAAAAAAUAUUCAUCAAGCCUGAAAUUUAAAACAAAUUGUGACAGCCCUGGUUCUUACUUGACGCUUUCACAGUCUCUUCCACCUAAAUCCAGCCCUGCGUCUAGUGUAAAAAGUAUGCCUGCUGUCACCAAAAUCCAUGGAAGCAAACCAUUGGCUUGUGAGAGCUCUUAUCUUUUUGACAAGACUAUCUCUGCAAAGCAUAUGGGAUCCAUUUCAGGCCUGUCUCCUUCUUUAAGUGGGUACAGUCUAGGAAAGAGAGACUUUGAUAUUUAUGCUAACAGAGAAAAUGAAAAACAGUUUGGACAUCUGGAUAAAUUUCUCUAUUCAAAGUACAGCCAGAAAAAUAAAUCUCAUGAUAAUGUCUACUUCCCAGGAGCACUGGAUGGGCGGAAAAACUCUGGUUCUCUUAUUGCAAUAUGGAAUGGAAACUCAGGGAGUGACAUAAUUCUUUCACCAGUUGGCCAUUCUGGAGCUGCCAGUAUGCCCUCUAGUCCAAAGCAAGGCCGGAGGAUGAACAUUCAGGAUAUCCCAUCAUUUCGACCCAAGCAAACUAAACAGAAGGACAUAACAGUGGAAACGCUGGGAUCUAGAACCAGAAAGUAUUCUGGUGGCUCCCUGAGUCACAUGGGAGUUUACAGCCGCUCAUUACCUAGGCUGUACAAAUCGUCAGAAAGCCAGCUUAUUCCACUGAGUUUGCCACCAAGAAGCUCUCUUGGGAAUUCCAAAAGAAAAAAAGCUAUGGAGAAAGAUCUUCUACCUCAAAGCAUACUGGAUGCUGACAAUUAUCUUAAUUUUUCUUCUCAUGCCUCAGGAGCUUUGCCAUUUACGAAUUUUGCAACUGACACAAACUCUUAUGUGAAUUCAACUCUUAGCGUUCCCGCAAGUCCUCGUAUAGCUCGGAAAAUGCUUCUGGCCUCUUCAUUCUCAUGUAUGUCUGACGACUUUGAUAGAGGUGGACUCUCAGGGACGACCCCCAAUAAUUCCUUUCCUCCUGUGGAUUCUGAGAGAGCAUUCCCUCUCAGAAGGAAAGUUUCAAGCAGUUCAGUGGAGUUUGAUGAAACAGAGAUGGAAAGCUUCAGACAAACUCCAUCCAUAAGGGAGAGGAAGAAUAGCAUUAGCUCACUUUCUGGAAGGGAUGAUCUAAUGGACUACCACAGAAGACAGAGGGAAGAAAGGCUGAAAGAGCAGGAAAUGGAGCGACUGGAGCGCCAACGAUUGGAAACCAUUCUUAACCUUUGUGCAGAAUAUUCCAAACCUGACAGUGACUCUGUAGCUGUAACAACAGUUGCUGAUGUUCAAAAAAUUAAUAAAGAACUUGAAAAACUUCAGUUUUCUGAUGAAGAUUCUGUAUUUGAAGAUUCCCAGGUGACUCCAGAAACAAAAAUCAGAAAUAAUUUGCAACUGCCAGCAAGUGAUUCUGACUUCUCAGAAUUCAGUGAUCUUGGUCAAAACGUUACAGAGUUCCUUUCCUUUAGAGGGAUCAGAACAAAUAAACAUUUAGACGAAAACAGGACUACUUCACUGUUACCUCCUUGUGCCUUCCUGAAGAAUGUCACUGAACCUUCUUAUUUAAGCAUCAUGCCAAAGACAGCAGAAUGCAUAAGUGAUGAACAGCGAACAUUGGAGCUUAAUCAGAUGGAAGAACAGCGCAUUAUAACACUGAAUAACUUGGAAGAACUUGAGCAAAAGAUCAAAGAUUUAAAUGAUCAGAUGGAUGAAUCUUCCAGAGAGAUGGAUAUGGAAUGUGCCUUAUUGGAUGGGGAGCAAAAAUCUGAAACAGCUGAACUUCUCAAGGAGAAGGAAAUACUGGAUCAUUUAAACCGGAAGAUUGCAGAACUGGAUAGAAAUGUUAUUGGUGAGAAGGCCAAGGAAAAAAUAAAGCUUGAUGCUGAAAGGGAAAAACUAGAAAAGCUUCAGGAGCUUUACUCCGAGCAGAAGACCCAGCUUGAUAAUUGCCCUGAGGCCAUGAGGGAACAAUUGCAACAGCAACUAAACAGGGAUGCUGAUCUGUUGGAGGUAGAAAGCAAACACUUUGAAGAUCUGGAGUUUCAGCAGCUAGAACAUGAAAGCAGGCUAGAUGAAGAAAAAGAGAAUUUAACACAGCAACUCCUGCGUGAAGUAGCUGAAUAUCAACGUAACAUUGUUAGCAGAAAGGAGAAAAUUUCUGCUCUCAAAAAACAAGCCAAUCAUAUUGUCCAGCAAGCCCAACGAGAACAAGAUCAUUUUGUCAAAGAGAAAAAUAACCUUCUAAUGAUGCUGCAAAGGGAAAAAGAAAACCUUUGCAAUCUAGAAAAGAAAUAUUCAUCAAUUUCCGGAGGAAAGGGAUUCCCUGUAAGUCCAACCAGUUUAAAAGAGGCUUAUAUGAGUGUAAGUGACAUUAAUGAGCCAUAUGGCAAUUCCACGAAUAUAUCCCCUUCCACUCAAGCCCCCACUGCUGCUGCUGUUGUUCCUACUGAACCUUCCACAGGUGGCCUGGUGAGCCAGCCACAAAACAAAGAGCUAAGGUCAUCUCUCUGUCCUGGAUUUGUCUUUCCUCACUCCCUUUCUCCUCGCCCUCUUGCACAACUUUCACCAGUCCACUGGUCUGAGGUCAGGGCUCCAAAUGUAGAACCUUUUCCUUUACCUGACACACCACCACCUCUUCCAGCUAAGAAACACCGAAGGCAACCACAGCACUUCAGAAAUCUAGAAGAGAGAAAGAAGCAGCACAAAGAAGGCAUGUACAUGAGUGAUACAUUGCCUCGCAAGAAAACUGCCUCCUCUGUAUCACCCCAUUUCAGCAGUUCUACUCUUGGGCGAAGUGUUAAGGGUCAUUUGCCACUUGGGCAAAGUAAUAGCUGUGGCAGUGUUCUUCCCCAUUGUUUGCCCAAAGAGUCUGAGUCAAGGAGGGUGCAUAAAGGAUAUAACUACCAGCUUAUAUGUGAAGAUGAAAGCCAGAAAUCUCCUGAAUUCUACAACAGAACUGCCUCAGAGUCCAAUGUGUAUCUGAACACCUUCCAUUAUUCUGACCAUAGUUACAAGGACCAUGCCUUUGAUACUCUAAGUUUAGACAGCUCUGACAGCAUGGAAACCAGCAUAUCUGCCUGCUCCCCAGAUAAUAUUUCCAGUGCCAGUACUUCAAAUGUUGCAAGAAUAGAAGAGAUGGAAAGACUUUUGAAACAAGCUCAUGCUGAAAAAACACAAUUACUUGAAUCAAGGGAACGGGAAAUGGAAGCUAAGAAAAGAGCAUUAGAAGAAGAAAAGCGUCGCAGAGAGCAGCUAGAGAAAAGGUUGCAAGAAGAAACUAGCCAGCGACAAAAACUAAUUGAAAAAGAAGUAAAGAUACGUGAGAAGCAAAGGUCACAGUCUCGUCCUUUGACUCGUUAUUUGCCAGUCAGAAAGGAGGAUUUUGAUCUGCGAGGCCAUGUAGAGACAGCUGGCCACAACAUAGAGACUUGUUACCAUGUUUCACUUACUGAGAAGACCUGUCGAGGCUUUCUUAUUAAGAUGGGUGGGAAAAUUAAAACAUGGAAAAAGCGCUGGUUUGUCUUCGACAGAAACAAAAGAACAUUUUCUUACUAUGCAGACAAACAUGAAACUAAAUUAAAAGGAGUAAUUUAUUUCCAAGCUAUUGAAGAAGUAUAUUAUGAUCAUCUAAAGAAUGCCUACAAGAGUCCUAAUCCAUUACUAACUUUCAGUGUUAAGACGCAUGACAGAAUAUAUUACAUGGUGGCUCCAACACCAGAAGCUAUGCGGAUAUGGAUGGAUGUGAUAGUUACAGGAGCAGAAGGCUACACCCACUUCAUGUUAUAGUAAUAUUGUACAAGGGUUCAUUGACAGGGCAAAAUGCAAUAAUAGCCUCCCAUCUGGGAAAGAAAAGCCAUAUUUAAUCACAUUUGACAAAGUCACAUAAUGUAAAAAUAACACACAGGUAACUUCCCUUAUUUUCCAAAAUAAAUCAUAUGCUGUGUAUGCAAGCAUUAAUUCUUAAAUUUGUUAAUCACUAUUUUUGCAAAAGAAAAUAUGCUUAAAACACAGUAGUGCUUCCAAAUAUAUAUAAUCAGAAAACCGUAUACCUGGCAUACAAAUUGUUUGGUAAUUUCUUAUAAAUUUUGUCAUGCAGGAUUUAUCUGUAAAAUUAAACUUUAUAGCUUAAAAAUGAUACAAUGUGCCACUAGGAAAUGGAAGGUAAAAGUGGCAAUGCCUGUUUUGCUGUACAAUUAUAAAGUUAUUUUCCUUACAGGUAUAGCGUAACACAUUUUAAAACUAGAGUGCAUGAAAAUUUUGUCUGGGUUCAUUACACAUCCAAAGAUUCACAAUGUAUAAUGUGAUUUACAUUUAUGUAAUGAAAAUGUAUAAAACUGUUCAUAAAUGCUAACGAGUAUUGAAAACUGUUCUUUUGAUUAUUCUGGACAGAUACUACAGGCAUAGAUAGCUACAGAUAGCUACAGGUAUCCGUACAGGUAUGAUUUUAGCUCCAAAUGCAAACAUAAAAAUUUAGUAAUUUCCAAAUGUUUGGCAGUCGUGCGAACGAACAUACACAGGUUUUCUGUCUGGCUCCCAUUCUUAAUUUCUGUAGAUUUUCAAGUUGUUACAUAAUGUUCUUCAUCCACAACAAAACGUUAAUAUCCAAAGAACAUACUCUUUUUCAAUUGCAGUAAGUCAAAAUUGGUAGUCCUGCAGUCAGAACAUCAGAGUUGUCUUGGCAAUUUCACCAUCCCCAAAAUACUAAUAUUUCCACAAAAUACAUAGAAUAAUAGAAUCACAGAGUUGGAAGAGACCCCAAGGGCCAUCAAGUCAAGUCCAACAUUUCUCUGUAGUAGACAAAGGCAGAUUCUGCACAGGCCAAAAUCAGCGGUGUGAGGACAGUAAAAACAUCAUUUUGGGCGAGGACUUCACACAGCUACCGCUGCUGAAGCAAAGCCACAAUGGCCUAUUUUCCUCAAACUAGUGUAUAUCUGACUCGCUAAAUGAACGAUCUUUUUAAAAACGCCAUUCAGCAACCGGCGCUGAGCGAACGGCCAAGCAGAAGGCGCUUCUGCUUCAGCCACACUUGCAUGUGGUUUUUUUUCCAGCUCACUUCCACAUAGCCAUGCAGCAGCAUAGGGUCGUAUCUGGGUCUUGUGGGAUGUCAGCAUGGCUGUGGGGGUUCAUGUGUGCACUCCUGUGUAGCUACGCAGGAAUGGACGGCCAACAAAAAAAAUCGCUGCACUGUGCGAAGGCUCACAGCUUGGCCGAUUUGCAUGCUGUCCACGGGACACCCGGCCAUGCAAACGCCCUGGGGCAGAUAUGUAUCCGUUUACACCGACUGCACUCCACUGUUUUCAGCCUAUGCAAAAUCCACUAAAGUUUUGAGUAUCAUAGAAUUUGUAGUUGUGGUAGGAUAAUAAUUCUCUGUAAUCCAUUGAGAAUGUUCACAAACCCUAGCUUUCCACACAAGGGCCAUGAGAGUUUUGGCACUCUUACAUACCUUUCGACAGACAUAAAACUGUAAAUUGGGAUGAUUUCUGUGGGUGCAGAAAUGGCUAGUCAUCAAACAUAGCUCUUAAAUUGACUAAGGAUUAUUCAGAAGGAUGGCAGCAUUUAUUUCUUUGAAUUAAACAUUUCAAGCUAACUUUCCUGCAAGGAAACACACAUAGUUCUCCCACCUUGCAUUUUGUCUCCAUAGCAACCCUUUGAUGUAGGUGAGGAUGAGUGUGCGUAAUUUGCCUCAGGUUACCCAGUGAGCUUCAUAGCCCACUGCCAAUUUGAACGUGGGUCUCUUCUGACCUAAUUCAACAUUAAGCAUUACAGCACACUGAUUUUAAGUAUCUUCUCCCUCCCAUGGAACUUUGAGGAUUCCCUAAAUGUUAGAUACAUAGACUUAUUCGGUGUUGUAAAUUGAAUAACUGCUGCUGGCUUCCAAUCUUUGUUAUUUUUCACUCCUCAUUCCAUCCCCAGGACUGCUGUCAAACAUUAGUUAUGUCUGUUACUGUGUGUAUUUCUAUCAUAUACAUCUUCAACCAAAAUAAAUGCAUUUUCCAUAACUGUACACAAAAAAGAUUUCUGCUUAAAGAAAUAUAUGAAAAAUGUCUAAAAACAAACAAUUCCAUACUUUUCUCUAGAAUGUAAAUAGGCUGUAUAAAAACAUACUAAUACAGAAAUUAUGUGGCCAGUGGUUCACUUUGACUCAAGAGGUCAGUUAUUCUUUGAUGGGUCAGAAACGGUUUUCAAGCAUGAUCCUAAGGCAGUUUGAACUCUGUAAUUUUCAUGUAGACAAAGUACUACCGUGCCUCUCUUGUACACAUCUUUUCAAUUUAAAAAAUACAUUUUUAGCCUUGAGAGGAUUGGUUGAAUUUGAACUACAAAUCUGCGUUUGAUGUUCUCUUUUAGUAAUUUGACUUUGUGCCAUGUUUUCAAUGCAAUAAAAUAACAUUAUUACUUGUUUAAGAUAAUAAAUAAUAAAAUACACUUGUAGAAAUUGUUGCCAUUUUACAAUACAUCCUGCAUGAAGAGGUGAAUUCUGUAAGAUGUGGUAUAACCAAGUAAUGUGAUUACAGUGGUUCAAAUGCCACAACGCUAAACAUAUUCAUUUGAAGGCAAAUAACACUGAAAUAUACAUUCAUGUUAACAGUGCUUAGAACAAUUGCUUGGCAAUAUUCCGUUCAUUUGGUUGAAAUUUGGAAUAAAUGGCUCAAGGAAUGUAGCAGAAAAUGUACCACAGGCAGAAAGUAACUGUGAAUAAUAAUGCAAGAAAGGAUGGAACCACAAAGCCUAGUUUGUAUUCUUAAAAGGAGAUCUGAUUAACAAUAUUUGUGGCGUCUGAAGAUAAAUUCCAGAAGCAAAUGGCAUUGGUUUAUAACAUUUCUACCAUGUAUUGUGAUUUUCAUUCUCUAUAUAAUUUUACAUGUUUUCUAAAUUUUUGUAUCUUGCAUGUUGUAAUAACAUUUAAAUAAAUGUUCAAAAAUAUCCUAUUUCCAAACAACGUUUUGGAUUUCUUGUUAGAUUUUAUUAGUGCUCAUAUGAUCCAUUGUUGAUGUUGAUGGUAUCUAGUCACAACACUAACCAGGUGAGCAAGUGUUCUUAGGAUUGUACUUAGGUUAGGAGAAUGUCUGUAAACGAUUAAAUGCCUCUAAGAACAAA